AUGAAGGUAUUUGACCAUGACCCCCAAGCGUUCUCCAAGGUAGAGUAUUUGAUAGGAGGAAUCAAUACUUAUGUUUACAAUACAGAAACAUUACGCUCCUAUAUUGAAUCGUUUGAUAAUUCUCCAACAAAUGUUGACGAUAUUCCUAUCAAUGUUCUCUACUUGAUACACCAGCGAGGUGGUGACCACAAAUACACCGAGGCGUUAGCGUAUACCAUCUUAGACCAAUACUACACCAAAAGCUCGAAAGCUUCUGUAGAGCCAUUAAUUUGUGUUACUUUUGAUUUACGAAAUCAUGGGUCGAGAAUGAUCAACAAGGCACGUAAUCAAGAUUGGAUCAAAGGAAACGAUUUACAUGCGUUGGAUAUGUUUAGCAGCAUAAUGGGUAAUGUUGCCGACUUGAAGCUUAUUAUGGAUUUCUUACCGAGUUAUCUUGAUUUAGAAAGUUUAUUGACAGGUGAAUUUAAACAACAAAAUCAACAUUGGAAUUUCCGAUUCAGAAAUAUUUUGAGUGGCUAUUCACUUGGAGCUCAUACUGUAUUCAGAUUUGUUAAUGAAUACCCGGGAUUAGUGCAUAUAAUCAACCCAGUGGUUGGUUGUGUUGAUUUGUCUAGUUUGUUGAUCAACCGAUUAAAGCAAAAUUCACUUGAAAGUGAGGAUUACGAUAAAAAGUGGUUUUACUAUACUUAUGAUGAGUUAAACUUGACCAAAGAGGAAAAGCACAAGUAUCCAGAACACUUGCACAAAUACCUAUCUCAACAAGAUGAAGAGAUUUUUGAGAAUUUCCCCAUGAACGAAAUCAAGAUGUAUGCUGCGUUUGGUGCAGAAGAUCAAUUGGUUCCUAAGAAAUUGAGUAGCGUGUGGUGCGAUUCUUAUAUGAACACCAAUGAUCUGACUGAAGUCUUUAUUCAAGAUGGCGUGGGACACGACGUUACCAACGAGAUGGUAGACAAAUUCACCAGCUGGUUGGUGAAAAUCAUUUGA